AGCCAGCUCCACUGGCAAAGAUGUUUUCCGCGAGGAUCUUCUGCCUGGUCCUGAGUGUGGUGGGCACAGUUUGGGCUGCAGAAGGAGUUGAAGGUGACUUUCUAGCUGAAGGUGGAGGUGUGCGUGGCCCAAGAGUCUCAGAGAAACUGGCAUCUUCCUGUAAAGAUGCUGACUGGCCCUUCUGCUCGGAUGAUGACUGGAGCUCCAAAUGCCCUUCUGGCUGCAGGAUGAAAGGGUUGAUUGAUGAAGUCAAUCAAGAUUUUACAAACAGAAUAAAGAAGCUACAAAAUUCAAUGCUUGAUUAUCAGAAACACAACAAAGACUCGAGUUCAGUGACCAGGAAUAUAAUGGAAAUUUUGAGAGGGGAUUUCGCCAAUGCUAACAAUCGUGAUAGUGCAUAUGGCCAAGUGUCACAUGACCUGAGAAGCAGAAUUGAGACUUUGAAGCAAAAAGUCACAGAACAAGUGCAACAGAUUAACCUUCUGCAGAAAAAUGUUAGAGCUCAGUUGAUAGACAUGAAACGAUUAGAGGUGGACAUUGACAUUAAGAUCCGAUCUUGCAAAGGGUCAUGCAGUAGGGCCCUAGCACACAAGACAGAGCUGAAGGACUACGAAAACCAGCAGAAGCAGCUGGAUCAGGUUAUGGCCAUAGAUCUGUUUCCCUCUGCGGACAGGCAGCACUUACCACUGAUAAAAAUGAAUCCACUUCCGGAGUUGAUUCCCGGAAAGUUCAAGAGCCAACUUCAGAAGGGUCCUCCAGAGUUAAAGGUGCUAAUGGAAAUGAAACAGAUGAAAAUGGAGUUAGAAGGGGUUGGACAAGAUAAGCAUUCUCCUGGGGACUCUGCUCAUCGUGGAGUAGGAGCAGGCUCAGCCCUGGAAAGACCCAAGAACCUGGCACCUCCUAGUACUGGGAAACACAACCCAAGCAGCUCCAGGCCCACAGGUCCGGUCACUUCCAUCGGGGAGAGCUCCGUCGGCAGCUCCAGGCUCGUAGGCAGCUCCAGGAUCGUCGGUUAUGGCAGCUCCAUACGUGGGGAUGGGGACUCAUUGGACUACGAAAGCACUGAAUCUGAAAGUGGUAGGCCAGACAGCUCAGGCCAUAGAAACGUCCGGCCUGACACUGAAGACUGGGGCAGAUUUGAAGAGGGAAUUGAAAAUGUAAGCCCUGGGACAAAGACAGAACACCACACAGGCAGGCUGACGACCUCCAAAAGUGACAAAGAGCUCCUGAUCAGUAACGAGAAGGUCGUUUCUGGCGGGCCCACUACUACACGUCGCUCCUGCUCUAAGACCGUCACGAAGACUGUGAUAGGGGCGGAUGGCCGGAAGGAAGUGACCAAAGAAGUGGUGAACUCAGAAGAUGGCUCUGACUGUGGCGAUGGGAGCGACUUAGACUUGUUCCAUUUAAGGCACCCGGAUGAAGCAGAUUUCUUCAACAUUGGUUCAACUGGAAAAGUAUUGUCAGAUAUGUUCUCAUCUGAUGUCAAAUUCGGCAGUAAGACACAGUCUCAUGGCUCAGAGUCUGACAUCUUCAUGGACAUGGAGGGAGGUGGUUCUCAUCACUUGGGUGUACCUGAGUUGCCCUCUGUGAGUAAAACGACAACUCGCAGAAAACAAUCUGUAACCAGUAGGACAACAAGCCGAGGCAGCUCCUCCACGCGUGAAAGCAAAAGCUAUAAAAUGGUAGAUGAUGCUGAAGGUAAAAUCCAUGUGGAAGAAUCGAGAGGAGCAUCUACCAGCAGAGGCCAUGUUAAAAGUCGCCCGGCCAGAGACUGUGAUGAUGUCCUCCAAACACAUCCUUCAGGUGCCCAAAGUGGCAUUUUCAGUAUCGAGCUCCCGGGAUCCAGUAAGCGUGUUUCUGUUUAUUGCGAUCAAGAGACCGGUUUGGGAGGAUGGCUUUUGGUCCAGCAAAGAAUGGAUGGAUCACUGAAUUUUAACCGGACCUGGCAAGACUACAAGAGAGGUUUCGGCAGCCUGAAUGACAAGGGGGAAGGGGAGUUCUGGCUAGGCAACGAGCACCUCCACUUACUCACCCAGAAGGGCUCGGCCCUGAGGGUGGAGCUGGAGGACUGGGCUGGGCACCAGGCGCUCGCGGAGUACCGCCUGCAGGUGGGCUCCGAGGCCGAAGGCUACGCCCUGCGGGUCUCCUCCUACCGCGGCUCUGCGGGCGACGCGCUGCAGGAGGGCUGGGCCGAGGAGGGUGCCCAGUACACGGCCCACGCCGGCAUGCGCUUCAGCACCUUCGACAGGGACUCCGACCACUGGGAGGACAACUGUGCCCAAGUCUACGGAGGAGGCUGGUGGUACAACAGCUGCCAGGCAGCCAACCUCAACGGCAUCUACUACCCCGGGGGCGCCUAUGACCCCCGGAACAAUAGCCCCUAUGAGGUGGAGAACGGGGUGGUCUGGGCCCCCUUCAGGGGAACAGAUUAUUCCCUCAGGGCUGUCCGCCUCAAAAUCAGACCCUUAGGGACCCACUAG